AUGAAGCCAGACGAGGGCAAGGAUGUGGCCCACGUCGGACCAACCACUGACGAACCAGGACUGUCAGCCGAUGAAAUCCAACUACGCGCUCAAGGACAUAUUGGAGAGCUUCCACGUCAGUUUGGUGCUUUCGCUACCAUUUCACUGGCUUUUAGCUUGACAAACUCCUGGGUUGGCUAUUCGGCGGUCUUUGCGACACCGUUGUUUGCUGGAGGCGGGCCAACCGUCUUCUUCGGCCUCCUUGUAGCCUCGAUCGCAUGUUGUUUCAUUACCGCUGGCCUCGCGGAAUUGGCCUCUGCCUUCCCUUCUAGCGGAGGACAGUAUCAUUUUGCCUUCAUGGUUUCGGCUCCGUCAAAUCGGGCAGCAAUGGCCUUUACAGUUGGUUGGCUAAGCGUUAUUGCUUGGUGUUUGACCGCCGCGUCCGCCAACAUCUUCUGCGCCCAAAUCAUCCUCAACCUGGCCUCCUUCUAUCACCCCGACUACGUCUGGACCCAGUGGCAGGUUUACCUCAUCUACGUUCUUCUCUGCGUAGUGGCCGUCGCCGUUGUCAUCUUGUUACCCCGGCAGAUUCCCCAGGCUGAAGUGGUCUUCUUCCUCUCCACCGUCAUCGGGUUCGUCGUCUUCUUCGUUGCGGUUCUAGCUGCAAGCGAGACCAAACAGUCCGCUUCGACAGUGUUCACUGAAUGGAACAAUCAAACCGGAUGGGGAGACGGCACUGCUUUUCUCCUUGGUGUGGGAACUUGCAUGUACACUUUUUUAGCAACGGACGGAGCGACUCACGUGGCCGAAGAAAUGCCGAAUCCAGGAAAGGGAGUACCCCGAGCCAUGUACCUAACCAUGAUCAUCGGCAUCACGACGGCUUUCGCGUGGACUCUAGCCAUUAUGUUCUCAUCAUCCGACUUGGAAGAAGUGUCUCUUUCCUAUCUACCCAUUCUGACUGUAUACUACCAAACGCUGGGAUCGAAAGGAGGAGCAGCGUUCUUUGCAUUCUGGCUUCUAUUCAUCUACUACGGUGCCACGAUCACCUGCUUCAUCACCGCAGGGAGGCUCACUUGGGCUUUUGCACGAGACAACGGCUUGCCUUAUAGCAGAGUCUUUGCUAAAACGCAUCCAACUCUUCGGGUUCCUGCCAAUGCUACUAUUGCAACUGCCGUUUUCUGCAUUUUGUACGGAUUGAUCUACAUUGGUUCGACGACGGCUUUCAACAGUUUCAUUUCGCUGUCUAUCCUCGGCCUGAAUAUCACAUAUGUGAUACCACAAACCAUCAUCGUCAUCCGGGGACGCGAAAAGGUCUUGCCGAAGCGCCAAUUCAACCUGGGUCCAAUCUUCGGCCCGUUUUGUAAUAUUUUCUCUACUCUGUGGAUGAUGCUCUACACAGUCUUGUUUUGCUUCCCGGUAUUUCUCCCCGCGACUGCUCAGAACAUGAAUUACUUGAGUGUGGUGGUGGUGGGAGUCGGCUUGUUCAUUCUCCUCGUGUGGUGGACUGGGAAGAGAAAGACCUUUACAGGGCCGAAUAUCCAAAUCGAUGGACUGGAGAUUCUGAGUGCCGCCAAUACUGGAGCUGUUCGGGCUGGUAGUUUCACCACCGCCACCGGGUCAGGGGAGAAAUCGUUCCCUCCGGUCUAG